UUUUAAUGUCAUGUAUUUCAAGCAUUCGUGCUUUUUCAAUUCUAUUUCAUUCUAAACUAUCAAAUUUCUAAAUGAAAUAGGUGUUUAGUUUGAACUCCAAGAAACAAAUGUUGGAGAUGGGCGGAGCAAUAGGUUCGGAUAGGAUAGCUUGUGUACAGUACUUGAUUUGAUGCAAGCUCGCACUGUCAACCGACAAUACAUUCCAUCCAUGAUGUCAUUCGAAUAAGCAAACAAGUAGGAACAAGCAGAGAAGCAGACUUCAGAUCAGAUAUCAGAUUGUUUUUGUCAGAGCAACAAAAGCCUCCUUUGCUCACUCACACAUUGCCUGUGAGUCUCAGCAUUUCCAGUCCAGCAAUGACUCGAGAUGGACACCGAAACGCUUGCCAUCUUGUGGUCUUUAGAGAGCUUGUCCAAGGACGACUAUGACAGGUUCUGCUUUGCUCUGGUGGACCGGCGCCCCGAACCGCGGGUGUCACGGCGUAAAGUGGAGAACAAGCCUCCCACGGAGGUGGCCAGAGUGCUGGUGGCAACCUACACCGCUGCAGGAGCUCCAGCUGUUGUUUCUGAGCUCCUCAGGCGCACCCGUUGCUUGGACGAGGCCAAAAAUUUGGCGUGCUCUGCGACAGACUGGCUGCCAGCUCAUGAUGCAGUUGGCCCCUCACCUAGUGUCAGCUGUAAUAAGCUCCAGCGAACCACGCCCCGAAGGAGGCGCAGAAGAAAGGACAAGGAAAGAAUGGAUGUUUCCACAGCGGAAGAACAUCUUGUUGAGGCAUGCCCUGCGACCUACUGGUGUCCAGUACAGGGUGCAGAUGGCCCUUCAACCAGAGUCAGCUGUGAAAGGAUCCAGCAACCCGAGACCCGAAGGAGGAUGAAUAGGCAAGAAAACACAGUGAAAGAACUUUUAGGACCAACUGGCGACGAGUCCAGGGUGCAGUCAGUCCUUCACCUAGAUUCAGCUGUGAUGAGCUGCAAUGACCCGAGGCCCAAAGGAGGAGCAGCGUGA